GGACACCCGACAUUUAUACCCCGCCGAGCAGCCGCUCUGCCAGACAACACCCGACGCCAUGGAGGUUCAGAUUGGGGCUCUGUUGGUUCUACUUGUGUCCGUGGUUGCUGGUCAGAACGUCGACCUGACGGUGUCGUCGGGAGCGAAGGGGAGAGACGUUGUGGAGACGGUGGUGGACAGGAUCCGGAGUAACUGCAUCUUCCCCGAGGACCGACUCUUCCUCCGACGUUUGGCGUACGCGGAGUCCAAGGAUGGAGCAGACCCCAAGACGUACAGGAAAGACUAUGACGGAGGGAUUUGGCAGGUGGACGAGGCGAUGUAUAACGCCACCAGACGCUGCCCCUUCAUCGUGUCCGAUGAGUGCGCCUUGAUCGGGUCCGCCUUCAACAUCACGUGGCGGGACACCACGUGGCAGGACCUGAGGAAGCCGCUGUAUUCUGGCCUCGCCGCCUCCCUCUACAUGCUCAUCCGCCUCGGCUUCAUCAACUCCAUGCCUGGCGACUUGCCGGGUCAGGCCGACACCUGGGCACACUACUACCACCUCGGCAGCCCCGACUCCGACUUCAUUAGCGCCGCCAACGCCGUCAAGGACGAUUGUAAAGGACAGCUGGACCUGGCGUUCAUCAUCGACAGCAGUGGCAGCAUCUACUUUACCGACUACAUCACCAUGCUAAUGUUCAUACAGAACGUCACUCGGGCUCUCGACUUCGGCCCCGACGCUACCCGCUUCGCCGCCAUCGUGUACGGCACCCAGUCUGACGUGUCCUUCUACUUCGACACGUACACGAAGAAGUCUGACAUCGUCACCGCCAUCUCCAGCAUAAAGAAGGACGACGGCGGCACCCAUACAUACGACGCCAUCGACCUGGCUACUGAUCGGGUGUUUACGACCUACCACGGCGCGAGGCCGGGGGUACCCAAGGUGGCCAUUUUGUUGACCGACGGGGCGUCUAGCAACUUGAACAGGACCGUGCAGGCCGCAGAGAGGGCAAAGCGACAAGGCAUCACAUUCUUCACCGUCGGUAUUGGCUCCAUCAACCGCCAGGAGCUGCAAGCGGUGGCCACGGAGCCCAACUGUACCCACGUGUUCGUCCUCGACAACUUCUCAGAGAUCGACAGUCUGCUGAACGAGAUGAGGAAAGGUUCCUGCUCAGCCCCCAUAGUGAUCAGCACCAACACCACCAUGAACGACACGGUGACGGUCAGCCAGGAACUGACCGCCAACAAGACCGAGAAGACAACCAUCAAAAUCGACCAAGAGUGGCACUUCGCCUCCGGAAAGGGAGAUGUCGUGAAGGCGGAAGUCACGUGUGGCAUCCUUGACGUUUACACGUCGUUUGAGACGCCCAAUCCCGGCCCAGCAUUCUUUGACCAGAAGUUCUCAGCCAAGGACGGUCAGCCGGCCAUCAUCUCCCUGGUCGCCUCCCACGACGGUCGUCCCCUCUACGUCACCGUCAUCGGCACCAAACUACCCCCCUCCGCCUCCGGUCUCCUGAAGUGCCAGGACGCCAAGUACACAGUGUCUGUGGACAAGAAGCAAGACAUCCAAAUACUGUGCAGGGAGAACGGUGUAUGGAGGAACUGCACGAAGCAAGACUACAUCCACGCGGAGGUGAAGACCCUCAUCUGUGACAACAACAACUGGGGAGUCCUCGCCAACCCCUGCACCCCCGACAACAUCAACAAGGGAAUCCUGGUCCACCCCCACCCAUAUGACACCAGCAUGUUCAUCAAAUGUGACCUGACCGGCAAGAUGUACGUCACUAUGUGCCCCGACCACGACAUCUUCAACAAGAACACGAUGUCGUGUGGGUUUGGGAGCAUAUCCGUGCCGAGUGGGGGCACGCUCCUCCCCUCCCACACCCCGAGUCCCUGCACCCCCCAGAAGAUUCAGAACGAGGAGUACUUCUUCCCCUACCCUGACGACAAGCACAAGUUCAUCCACUGCGACGUUUGGGGCGGAGCCUGGGUGCAGCACUGCGACACCAACUUCCUCUGGAACGACAUCGCGAAGACGUGCGUGGCUGAUUUCUUCCACGAGUUCGACCCCUCCACACCCCAGCCCGUCACAGUCCACAACCCAUGCUUGUCAGGGUCGGCUAUCAUGUUCUACCCACACCCCGACCAGUCCAAGUUUAUACAUUGUGACAUUGCCGGCAACUAUUGGGUACAGUCGUGCCCACUGGGCAUGCGCUAUGAACCCACUGCCUACGUGUGCGUCAGGCAGGGAAUGCAAGGGAGGUAGAGAUAUGUUUGUAAUGGACUGUAGGAAAUACACUCCCGUCAAUAAAAGUUAACAUCAUGA